ACUGCGUCCUCAUCGCAAGCUGCAAUCCUGUCUACACUUAACUGGGAGUCAUUCCCAUUGAUCUCAAUGGGCUUAUUUCUGAAUGGACAAGUACAGGAUUGCACUGUGAAGCAUUAUGCCAAGGGGCUGCUGCCGAUGAUAGAAAGAGAGUGAUUCGCUUUCCAUGAGGCAGUGAGAGGGGCACACCCGCGACGGCAAGGCGGAAGGACCCAUUCCUUUGGCUGCAGUGAGAGUAGAGGGAGUGCCGAGAGUGCUCUACAAUCGUCCGAUAAGUAGCGUCUCCCCAGCGGAGGAGUCAUCGUCAUGUCCGUCAGUGAGAUGUUCAUCACCUUGCAGGGGGUGCUCACUGCCGACCAGGAUAUCCGUGAGGAGAUCAGGAAAGUUGUUCAAACUCUGGAACAAACAGCCCGGGAAAUUCUAACGGUGCUACAAGGAGUCCACCAGGGUUCUGGAUUUCAGGACAUACCAAAAAAGUGUCAGAAGGCUCGUGAACACUUUGGUACAGUUAAAACACAGUUGGCCUAUCUGAAAGUCAAGUUCCCUGCAGAUCAGUAUUACAGAUUUCACGAACACUGGAGGUUUGUGCUACAACGCUUGGUAUUCUUAGCAGCAUUUGUUGUCUACUUGGAGACAGAAACCUUAGUGACUCGGGAAGCUGUUACAGAAAUACUUGGAAUUGAAGCUGAAAGAGAGAGAGGUUUUCACCUAGACAUCGAGGAUUACCUCUCUGGAGUGUUGACUCUGGCUAGUGAGCUGUCUAGGCUGGCAGUGAACAGCGUCACAGCCGGAGACUAUUCUCGCCCACUCCGCAUCUCUGCUUUCAUCAAUGAGUUGGAUUCUGGAUUCCGCCUUCUCAACUUGAAGAAUGACUCCCUGAGGAAGCGCUACGAUGGCCUCAAGUAUGAUGUCAAGAAGAUAGAGGAGGUGGUUUACGACUUGUCGAUCAGAGGGCUCAACAAGGAGGCAACAUCCAGUGCUGGUGGGGAAAAAUAGAGAAGGGCUUGUUGAACUGAAGCAAUGAUUACCUCCGUUUUACUGCCAAUGAAGGAAAAGCUUUAACUUAAGCUCUUUGGCAGUAGUUUAGAGGAAUCGUAAGCUGCACCCCGCUGUUGUUUUUUUCUAAUUGAAUGUUUAGUAUGUCCAAGCAGAAGUACUCAACAUUGUUCUGUGAAUGCUGCUCUAGUGGGCUCUGUUUGCAAUGUUAAAGUCAUCAUAACAGAAGCAAACUAACCUCUGAACUACAGUCAUUGCUGUCCAUUGUCCCUGCAGAACCAAGCAUAGGGAUCAUUUUGUCCCUGGGUCACAGUUUUUGUUUUUCUGUCCUGGCCAUGCUGAGCUUCUUCCUUUUGAAUCCUCACAUCAGUUAUGUUUAGCACAAUUUAUGCACAUUGCUGCCCUGCGCUCCUUUGGGAGGAAGAGCAGGAUACACAGUUAAUAAAUAAAAAUAAAAUUGAAUACUUGUCA